GGAUUGUGACCGUCUCAAACUUCAUGAAAUGUUGGAAUCUGAAACAAUUACAGCGAGUGCGUUAAGAUAUAAGCUUCACAGGAUGCCCACACAAGUUAAAGAUGAAAUUCAAGGUACGAAUGAAGAACUGAGAAAAUUCCUUUGUGUGACAUAUUCCUAAUGUUCUUAUUGUGAAUGGCAGAUAAGGAAUGAUUUGCAUAUGGCUAAGCUAGCUGGGUCUCAUACCAAUACCAUGAAAAUUUCUAAUUCAAAAUGUGUUUUAAUAUUCUCUUGAGCCAAAACUUUCAGUGUUACUAUAACAUAUAAUAUAUAUAUACAGUAUAUUUCAAAAACUCAUUAAUAAUUCAUGAGGAUAACACAAAGAAAAAUAUUAAAUUUUCUGGCAUUUGAAAACCAAGUUCUGCCAUUUGAAAAGGGAGUUCUGGGCAUUUGUAAAGGGAGUUCUGGCAUUUGAAAACGGAGUUCUGGCGUUUGAAAUAGUAGCCUACUUCUGGCAUUUGAAAACCAAGUUCUGCCAAGUUCUACCAUUUGUAAAGGGAGUUCUGGCAUUUGAAAAGGGAGUUCUGGCAUUUGAAAAGGGAGUUCUGGCAUUUGAAAACGGAGUUCUGGCAUUUGAAAAGGGAGUUCUGGCAUUUGAAAACGGAGUUCUGGCGUUUGAAAUAGUAGCCUACUUCUGGCAUUUGAAAACCAAGUUCUGCCAAGUUCUACCAUUUGUAAAGGGAGUUCUGGCAUUUGAAAAGGGAGUUCUGGCAUUUGAAAAGGGAGUUCUGGAAUUUGAAAAGGGAGUUCUGGCAUUUGAAAAGGGAUUUUAGCAUUUGAAAAAGGAAUUCUGGCAUUUGAAAAAGGAAUUCUGGCAUUGAAAAGGGAGUUUUGGCAUUUGAAAAAGGAGUUCUGGCAUUUGAAAAAGGAAUUCUGGAAUUUGAAAAGGGAGUUUUGGCAUUUGAAAAGGGAGUUUUGGCAUUUGAAAAGGGAGUUUUGGCAUUUGAAGAGGGAGUUCUUGCGUUUAGUAUGUGCCCCUCUAUUCGUAGUUCGCUGAGAAAUCCGGGAUAACAAAGUAGAAUUUAUAUUAAAAUCCAGAUACGCUGAUUAUAAAUACGGAUAAGGAAUGUUUGGCAUACCGCUUUUAAGUACUGUGGCUGUUACAGUAAAGGACAUUGGCAAUAAAUAUUAGUUUGUUUCAUUCAUUCAAAAGAACUCUUAAAAUUAUAUAUUAUACUCUAUUACCGAUUUGUCAUAUCUUGCUUAGUUCUCGAAAUAUUUAGACCAAAAUUAAUGAGCUGUCCGUGAUCUUAGACUAAUUCUUGACCUCAUUAACUAUGGUUUAGAUGACGUCAGGAGUUGGGUUAACCCUAUAAAGCUACUCUAAAAUGAUCGACUAACAAUCCAAAGUUGUUUGAAAGGUUUUUAAUCAUUCAGAAACGAAGUUUUGGACCCAUAUUGAUCACUUAAUUUCAAGAUAAGAAAUUAGCGUGACCCCUCUCUUGACGUAACAUGCAUAUCCUCAAUAAUCGAAGAUGGCGAACAGCUCAAUUUUUUCAGUCGAAAUAUUUUGAAAACUAAGCAAGAUAUUAGCAAUCUGUAACAGAGUUUAAUAUGUAGUUUUAAGAGUUCUUUCAAAUGAACUAAACUAAUUUUUUUGUUGCCAAUGUCCUUUAACAAAUUUGUAUUCUUAAUUUAAGAUGCAGUUCUUGCUGCGCGCGAUUCGAACGAAGCAGAGAUUCAAAGAUUAAAGGUAAAAUAAGAAAAAUGUAAUCUUGAUGCAUUAAAAUAUCUUUGGGGAAACGUUUCGUUUCGUUCAAUCUUCUAGGAUAAUCUGAAUGGCAUAAAUUCAAAUAUUGAAGAACUAGAAGCCAGAAAUAAAGAAUUACUCAGCGAUAAUGAUAGAUUGGAGUAAGUGAAAAUCAUGUAAUUAUGAAAUGAAAACUGAGAAUUGACUGUGAGGUCCCCCCCCCCCCAUUUCUGAUUCGUAACUAGUUGUCAAUAAGUACAUAUAUGAGCAGUGGACUGAGGAGUAUUAUUUCCCAUCAUGCAUCAUUUAGGGAUUGGUUGUAAGUCAGCCCCUAUCUUGAUUCUUUUGCCACGCCCUUUUUGAAGUCUUGCGAAACUUAUUUGUGAUGGUUUUUUGUUUGUUAGACCAGAAAGAAAUGAUGCAUUGAAUGAACAUGACGCUGUUGUAGCUUUGUUGAAUCAAAAAAUGGCUGAUAAAGCAAGGUGAAUUCAAGAAAUGUUUUGGGUGUAUAUUUAUAUUAUAUUGAGUUAUUAGUAUAUUAUAAGGCAGUGUACACCUUAUUCCAAGGCCGGAUUUUGGUGGAGAUAGUGGGGGAGGUGGAAAAAAGGUGACGUUUUCAUGUAAUGUACAUAUGUAUCGGUGUAUUAAUGAAUUAUGACUGUGCAGCUCAUCCAAUUUUGCCCUUCAUUACAAUUACUACAAAGUUUCUUUCAAAACAUUGCAUUAAAAGGGUACUUGGCACAGAGAUGAAUGGCUAUCACUGUUUCAAUUUUACAGAAAAAAUUUCUUACGAAGUGUAGACCCUAAGCAACCAAAAAAUGUCAAAUUUUGACUUUGAUCUAUCAUAAUGAUUGAAACUUUUCCAAAGGAAGUGCAUGAUCGACUUUUCAGGGGAGGUGCAAGCAUUCUCAGGGGAGAUGCAAAACGAUCUCAGGGGAGGUGUGCACCUCCCCACCCCCCCCCCAAAAAAAAAUCCGGCUAUGUCCUUAGUCCUAUAACUAUAUCUGUUGCAUAGACUCUAUAUGGGACAUUGUCUAUACUAAUGUGGUGCAAAUGUACUACUAUUUUGUUUUGUUUUGUUUUUCACAGCAAACAAAUUACACUAAAUGAAACGAGAGAUACCUUACGAGAAACAUACAAAAUGGUAAGUGACACACUUGAGUUGCUUUUCAGUGUUCCCAGACCGAUAUUCUACAACGAAAAUUAUGUAUGGGAUGGCUUGCGCGCUUCGAUAUAGAAUACAAAUACCGGUAUUGUAUUCUGCAAUGGACAGUUAUGGUGAAUGAGAUAGUCGUACUACCUGAAAAAAAAUAUUAAGCAAAACUCCAACGUCUCGAGGGAAAGCCCAUCGUUCGGAUAUUUUGAAUGACAAUUUCAUUAUUGACUGUUUUUCGAUAUAUAUUCGAAUAUUAGGGAGUUUAAGCUUUGCGUUUCCGGGAACGGAAAACGGAAUGUUCGAAGUUUCUUCGCAAAAUUUUUGUUGAACGUUUUCGUUUCAUAUUUUCUUUCUUGCGUCUUUGCCUGGCGUUUGCCGUUUGCCCUAUAACGCGAAGCUUAAACUCUCUAUUGUGCCUUUCUCUAUGGUGCAUGUCUCAAGAGUAGUAUACUACAUUUUUCUAUUUCUCUUCAGAUAAUCCAGUUAGAAGAAUCAAUUGUUCAGUUGAAAGAAGAUCUGGCUUUGGAACGAGAGGAAGCUAUUGAGGAAAAAGAAAGAUUACAGAAAGCUGUGGUAGGUUUGAAGAUGUUUUACAAUUUCUCCAGUGGUGUCACCUCGUCUUGUGCAAUGCAAACGUCUAUAAAUACUAUUUAAAAAACUCAUUAAUAAUUUAUGAGGAAAACACAAAGAAAAAUCAUAAGCGUGUCCGGGGAGAAUAGGUUUUCGGAUCGUCGGAUUUCACAGAAAAAGUUGUUCGGAUUUCGGAUCUGGCGAAUAUUUUACACGGAUUCGUGGAUCUUAUUAAUACAGCGGAUUGCGGAUUUAUCUAAUAUUUUGGCUCGGAUUGUAGAUUUUGCUUGCAAUUUAGUUCGGAUCCUGGAUUGUGACUUCAUAGCAGAGCUUUUAGCGGAUUCCAAUUUAGACAAGACCAUUGUCGGAUCGCGGAUUUUGCCUCAAAUUUGGGCGGAUCGACGGAUUUGUAUACCCCUAUUCAACCCCCCCCCCCUCCGUGUCCUAUCUUUAUAUGUGACAGAGAUUUCCCUUGAUUUCCAUAAACUUUAACUUUGAUUUUCUCAACUUACACAACGUAUUCUUUGAAAAUUACUUCGUCGAGAGUUUUAUAUAUGAUAAAGCCAUGGAUAUCUUAUAUACACUAGAUAGUGCAUCUAAUUAUUAUGCAAUUCAAAAAUUGAAGCCGUGAUUGCAGUCUCAAGGUAUUCCCAUGAAAUGAGAAGACUCGUAUGUUUUCUAUUUCUUAAAACAGGGAAUUUAAACAUUAAGUUAAACCUAUUCCAAAUACAUUUUUUAAACUAUUCAAAUGAUGAAAGUUAUUGUUGUUUUUAAGCGUUUAUUAGCGAGUGGGAAACAUCAACAGGCCGCCAUCUAUUCAAAUGGGGGGUAACCGCUGGAAUAUUCUAGGCUUCAAUUUUACUAAACGAGAUGCGCUAUCUAGUGUAUAUAAGAUAUCUAUGGAUAAAGCACGUACGACCAGUAUUUUAAAUGGCUUAAAAAACGACCCAUCUUAUGAGUUUAUUGGCGAAGUAAUUUUAAAAAUAAACAUUGUCUAAGCCGAGAAAAUCAAAGCUAAAGUUUACAUUAUUUUUUAUCAGACAUUAAACCACUGACAUGGUUGUGAUUUUUUUGUCUUUGUUCAUCAAUUAUUAAUGAAUAAACUUUUUGAUAUAGAUUAAUUAAGACAAAUAUGAUAGCGAUAAUAAAUUUAUUAACGAACGACGUUUCGAAAUCAUCUUUACCUCAUUUUCAAGUUCAAAAUAUUACAGAAAACUAUUCCGCUAUAUUCAUAUUAAUUUAAUCGUUUUCUGUAAUAAUUUGAACUUGAAAAUGAGGUCAAGAUGACUUCGAAACGCGUCGUUCUUUAGUAAAUUUGUUAUAAUUGCUAUCAUAUUUGUCUAAAUAGAGUUUCUAUAUCGAGUUUCAACGUCCAAGUGGAGAAAAAAUCUUUCAAAGUUCUAAAAUUUACUCUCAAUUAUUUCAGGAAGACACUCGCGUAAAAGUGCAGGACCAAAAGAAGGCGAACGCAGAGCAGAGACGGUAAAUAACACACAAGAACGUUUAACAUUCAAAAACAUGUAUUACUUUUGCAUCGCAUAACCAUGCAUACUGAUUUUAACUCAGCGGUGACGACGGCUCUACGAACACUGACACUAAAUGUUUAAUUUUUAAUCUUUUAGUGAAAUAGAAAAAUUGCAGGAAGAACUUGUGGAUAGCGAGGCGUUUUUGGACGGAAAACGAAAGAUCAUUCGUCGUUUUGAAACAUCCAAAGCUAGACUCGAGGCGCAAGUUGUUCAGUUGAGUCGACAACUUCAGAAAUCAAUCAAGUCCAACUCGCUUCUUACACAAGAUGGGUGAGUGGAACUUAUUGAAUGACAAGUUAACUGGAAAGAGCAACAGACUUCACAGAACCGUCAGAAACAAAUUGUUAUUGGGGAAUGGGGGGGGGGGCUCAACCAAGGGGGAUCUGGGGGCAUGCAGAAAUUUAAGAUUUGGUAAUUAACAAGGCAAUAAGGCGAAAAAGCCGGAAAAGCCCCAUAAUAGCGCCCGCUACGCAUGCUAGAUUAACACGAGUGGAAAUUGAGAAAACGAGAAAAUGUGUGGAAACACGACGCCCGGAGGGCGGAGUGUUUUCACACAAUUUCGAGUUUUCCCAAAAAUGUUUUAUGUACUAUUUGAAGCACGCGUAGGAGUGUUUUUAUCACAUAUAAAACACGACGCGUAGCGGAGUGUUUUAUAUGUGAUAAAACACUCUUACAAGUGCUUUAAAUGGCUUAAAAAACGACUCAUCUUAUACGAGUUCAUUGGCGAAGUAAUUUUUAAAAUAAACUUUGUCUAAACCGAGAAAAUCAAAGCUAAAGUUUAUGUAAAUUAACAUGAUUUUUUAUCACAUAUAAAACCACGACACGUUUAUGAUUUUUCUUUGUGUUUUGCUCCUGAAUUAUUAAUGAGUUUUUAAUUUGUUUUAUAAUACAGCACAAAGAAAUAUAAUGAAAGAAAUUUUCCAUAUUGACAUUGAGUUAUGUUAACACGGCUCUUAGCCAACCAGCCAAUCGCACGGGAAAAAAUCAGUUGAAAAUCCAUAGAAGGUUAUAGAAUGGAAAUUGUAUGGACCUUUAUUGGAAAUAGAAUGGAUUUUGUUUAUCCAUAAUAAUUGUAUAUUUCCAUAGUACGGAUAUAGUGUGGAAAUAGUAUGGACAUACCAUGGAUAUAGUGGUGCAAUUGCAAAUCUCAUAGUAUGGAUUUCACUUUUGUUUUCCAGUGUCAGCUUACCCGGUGUGGAUGCACACUCAGAGUAACAUCACAAACAUCAUAUUCACUUGAGUACAUAACACCAACACACAUAAAAAGUUUACGGAUAAGUUGAUUGUAAUUGCCUGCUAAAAAAGAAAGAAAGUACGGAAAGAAGUUAUUGAGGAAAUUAUUGGGUGGGGGGUGGGGGGGAGGGAGGGCUUCUGACGGCCCUGCUUCAUCAGCACAAAUGUUGUCAAUACUUUUCACUUUUUUAUCGCCCUUACCUAGAAUGAGAGUUAUGAAAUCCCAUCAAGAAAUGCUGACAAACUUAGGAAGGUUGAAAGCCGAGCUUGAGCAGGAAUCUAGAACGGUAAACCUCAUCAACUCUUUGUGAAAUUAUGGCUGUGUAUAUUCGCCGAUAACUCAGUAACUUCUGUUUUCAAAAACUGAACUGAAUUUUUUAGUUGGAAAGUACUUUGGCGAGUGCAAAAACGGAAAAUACAAAAUUGAAUUUGAAGAAAGAAACGUUGGAUGAAGGUAUGCGAUUUUAGUAAACCUUGGAGGUUGACAAGUUUUUCAUUGCUGGAACUGUCUACAUUUUCAAUAAUAUAAUAUGUAAUAUAAUAUUAUUAUAAUACAGAACAUUUUUACUUUAGAUUUCGAGAUUAUUUCAGCGGAAUGUGAGACAUUGAGAGA